UACAAAGCUGGUUGUUAUUAACUGCUGGGUGUACUGUAUCUUAAGUCUAAAUCUAGGAUAGCCAACUCAGCCGCUUAAAUUAACCUUCAGGACGAAUGACACGAUGCAUGAAAUUCCUCCAGUAUACUUUCUUCCGACAUAAUGAUGAUAGGCGCUAUUGGUCUGAUCACAUAGUCUCAGGAGAAUUUAAGUGAACAGUUUUGACGUCAGACGUGAGAAUCACCGGCACGUCCAAUGGGGUACAACACAAGACCGUCUCUGCUUGAAAACUGCAUAUCAAUGUUAACCGAGGAACAAUACGCUCCAUCCGAUCAGACACUGACUGAAAAUAACGACGUGAUCUGACAGCGGUGGGAAACCAUAUGGAGGAAGGACAAGGAACUGCUAUGAUUCACUCUCUUGCUGCAGCAAUGAGCAACCAACUCCAAAACACCUCUUCCUUGAACUCGGUAACCUUGAGUUUUCAAGAUGGAAGGAACUCCUCGCCCGUUCAGACCUCCGAGCUUCAACCGAUUGUAGUCAACCCCUGGGACAUAGCACUGUGCAUGACGGGAACCCUGAUCUCCUGCGAAAACGCAAUUGUAAUCGCCAUCAUUUUUUACACGCCCAUCCUGAGAGCGCCUAUGUUCAUCCUCAUAGGAAGUCUUGCCUUUGCAGACUUACUGGCUGGGCUCGGUCUCAUACUGAACUUCAUCUUCACCUACAUGAUCAGCACGGAAUUCGUAAAUUUGAUAUCAGCCGGACUGCUAAUCGCUGCGUUCUCUGCCUCCGUGCUCAACAUCCUGGCGAUCACAGUGGACAGGUACCUCUCUCUUUACAACGCGCUGACCUACCAUACAGAGAGAACUGUAACAUUCACCUACGUCAUCGUGGUCCUCAUCUGGCUGGUUUGCGUCGCACUUGGCGUGAUGCCAGUUUUGGGAUGGAACUGUCUGCAAGACGAGUCCACCUGCAGCAUAUGUCGACCAGUGACUAAAAACAAUGCCGCCCUGCUGGCGAUAACCUUUUUACUAAUAUUUGCCCUCAUGAUGCAGCUUUACUUGCAGAUCUGCAGGAUAGCUUUCAGGCACGCGCAACAGAUCGCGGUGCAGCAUCAAUUUAUGGCCACCUCCCACGCCUCUUCUACCACCAAAGGUGUCUCCACCCUCUCCGUCAUUCUCGGCAUCUUCGCGCUGUGCUGGAUACCCUUCGCGAUGUACUCCCUCGUGGCUGACUCUAGAUAUCCCAUGGUCUACACAUAUGUUACUGUUCUACCGGCGACUUGGAGCUCAGUCAUCAAUCCUAUAAUUUAUGCCUUCAGAAACCCCGACAUCCAGAAAUCCCUGUGGCUCGCGUGCUGCGGAUGUUUUCCCUCCAGCUUCUCCUUGCGGCCAAGGACGUCAAGUGACGUGUAGCUACAGUUUUUCCACAUAGUAUGGUUCAUAUUUUUCAUAUCUAGGUUACUCCAUAAGUUUCUUUUUGUUUUUUGUUUUUUGGAAAUUAUUCAAGCUCUCGGGAAUGUGUGAACUAUGCAUUGUCAUAGUGAGGUCAACAAAACAGGAGAUACGGGCCUAUAUCCACAUGUGUUCCAGUGGUAACCCCUCUAAUGCAUGUUCUCCCCGUGUUCGCGUGGGUUUCCUCCGGGUACUCCGGUUUCCUCCCACACCGAAAAACAUGCAUGUUGGGUGUACUCCUGCCAUUGCCCUUGACCAAGGCACUGGCCUCAGAACUGGAGUUGAUCCCUGGGCGCUGCACUAUGGCUGCCCAGUACUCCUAAGUAACUAGGAUGGGUCAAAUUCAGAGGGCAAAUUGUCCCACGAGGUUCAGUAAAGUCUGUCUGUCUAUCUAUCGAUCUUUCUAUCUGUCAAUCUGUCCGUCUGUCUGUUUCUGCCUGUCUGUCUGUCUGUUUGUCUAUUUCUAGUACAGAGGGGAAAGCCCAUUCCUAGUAUAUUUGAACAUAAUAUGUAUUCAUUAAGAGCUAUGCAGUGUUCAUUUCUUUUUAACUCCCGGUUAAUUGUAUAGCGGAAACGGAAAUCUGUUCUCUGUUGUGGUAGGAGUCGCUUUUGAAAGUGGGUUUCAAAAGUGUAACCCAGAAUCGCUGAGGUAAAUAAAACCUAAUGAUUCCAAUAGCUCAUCAUACCAUACUGCCCAGUAUUGAAGUUGACAUACGCUAAAAUAAUGCCGAAUAGCCUAAUGUUUUUAUUUUUAUUUUUUUAUUUUUUUAUUACUGUGAUGCCGAUGUCGAUGUAGCUGUCACUAGGAAGCGGACUGCCUGUGUUUACAUUGCAAUGUAGGUUCCUCUGUUUCAUUUUCAUAUCUACUUUACAGCGCAUAUUGCUAUAAUAACAAUGAAAUAUGAUGAAAACCUAUGUCGCAUUGCUUAUACAUUCAGCUGAAGACUUUUCACUGAACUUAAUAGGCCUCUUUAAUGGAAAAUAAUAGAUAGAUUCGCUUUAAAGACCCAAUGACCCGUGACCAAAAUAUGCAUUUAAAUACUUCAAGCCAAUGGGAAAAUAAUUUGAUAAUGGCAAAUGACACCCCAUAAGGGCAAUGUAUAAUUCAACUACGAUUGAAAUAUAAUCAUCCGUAGAGCCGCUGUUUACAUAACCAUCGUAAUACUGCCUGUUUGAAUGAAAUGCUAUAACACCAGUCAAAAUAUCACAACUGGAAUACAGGGUUUUUCAGCCAGCAAUGUUUGUGAUAAGUAGGCCAUACAAUUCAAUCCGCCAAGUAUUUUCAGCACCACGGAUAGCGGACAGCGAGUUUAGCCUGCCUCGGGUUCCCACAGAUAGACAUGCCCACUCUAGCACUUAACUGUACACGAAUAAUACAUGAGAUAGGAAAACAAAUAUUCUAUUUUGCAUAAAUGAACACGCUUCCUGGGGAAAUACUGACAGCCAGGAGUUUCAGCCAAAUUUAUUUUUACGGUGAGCGCGCUCAGACGUCAUUCCAUUGAGACAUGUAUAGUUAUGGAGUACGAAUCAUGCUAGGCAGGCUCGCAUUACACUGUAUAUCUUUCGCUGCAAUGUGUGUGACUGAUACGUGAAUAGUAGCUUGUAGGUUAUUAAUUUUUCAUACAGAAACUAAAUCGUAUCAAGAGAACCGUUUACAAUUUACAAUACAAGAGCGAACAUGUCUCGACAACCUAAUCUUAUUUAAUGUACGAUUCUUCCUUAAAUAGUGGAUGACCCGAGGAAAUGUCCUCCUAUUUUGCGAAAAGUGGCAAUAAUUUCGCGUUUUUAAUGCAAUUUGAAAGAGGGAGGUCAAGUCAGUAUGGCUUAUGGUCCGCACAACACUCUAGGAACAACUUUAUUACUUAAUUGUUUUUUGUUGUUGUUUUUUUUGGUCAAUUGUGUUAAAUAUUUAAAGAGAGGGUGGUAUGAAGUGACAUCACAAUCCAAUAGAAUGUACUAGAAAUAAUUUAAUUAGUUCACAGCCCGCAUUUCCCACAUUUUUUCAUAUCCCUCAGAUUCACCUCACUUCAUGGUCGACAUCUCCUAGCGGUUUAAAUCACUCCACUGUGGUUUAAAUUACAAGUAUUAGUGUACAUGCGCUUAUCAAACUGGCAGAGAGAAAAACUAAACAACAGGACAGAUCUGUUGUGCAGGCCUUAAUUUUUUCAGUAAUUGUUUUUAUAAAAGGUCCCCUGCAAUAUAGCUAAAAAUCCGGACAAUAUCGAGCAUCUACGUGCUAGCUAGUAUAUGUGAACAGCCUAGGCCUACUGUACACUGUUGACACUAGCACCCACAUUGCCCUAUAUUUCAUUCAUUAUGGGACAUAUUCUGCAAAAUGUAUCAAGUGUACUGUAAUCCAUUGACAAAUUAACAGCAUUUCCUCGGUCACUGCUUCCACCCAAAUAUUUAGAGUUUUUAUGUGAUCAUCACAAAUGUGGUUCAUUUGAUAUAUUUUAUGAAAGCAUUCAUCCCCCCCACCCCCCCUCCCCCCCAUGGACCUAUUGAUUUUAAGAGAAUGUUUUUUUUUUUUUUAAUUCUUUUUUUUUUAGAAUAUAGCCUGAUCAGCUACGUUGUAUGUCUGACUCGCACUGUAGUGGUAAACUAUUGUCUGAAACUGUACUUUAACUGAAUUAAACUGAGGCUACUCUCAUGCUUUCAGACUUAAGUGCAGCAUAAAGCGCGGUUAAUCUUGGGCUGGUUUAAAAAAAGACAAAUACAAAUAUAUUACAAGAAUGCUGAUUUGAAUACAUUUAUAUCCCAUUACUAGAACAAUCUGUGUAGCACACAUUUUUUGAAACUGUACUACCGUCAUUUAAGUAAACACUUUUUUGGUGUUUAUUAGGUAAAAUGUUUUCAUAUUAGAGUGAACCACAUCAUUAUUCAAUGCUUUUACCAAAAAAGUGACACAAACUCUAACAAAACUUGACAUCUCUGACAAAUGGCGCACACAAACUGAUGUACUUUUUAAAAUACUUAAAAAAAUAUUUUCAAGUGGUCUUUUAUAUUGACUCAUUUGGGGGGGGGGCGGGGUAGUAUUCAUUAUGAGUAUGCAAACAAUCAACAACUGUGUUAUAUAUAAUACUGCAAAGAUAAAUACAAUUGUUUCAACUGUUGGUAAAAACACUUACUUUAUGACAUGCAGAAUCUCAAAUAUCUUCUGGCCUUAUUUAUGAUACCUUGCAAUAAUGUACAAUGUGUAAUGUACUGUAUGAUAUAAUAUGUCAAAACAAAAAGUAUGUUUCAUGUAAAAGCUAGUUAAUAUAUGUUUAAUAAGAAAAUAUGAGGGAUAUAUUCAUAUAUGUCAAAAUGUGUUAUCUUGACAAAUACUUUUUGCUGCCACUUUCUUGUAUUUUAGUCCUUUUCUGUAAAACUGUAUUUUGAAACAUAUGUAUUUUUGUAUGCAACAUCAAAUGCAUUCCAUUACAUGACAAUAUAAGCGCAUUUUGACAUAUAUAAAGGAAUAUAUUCCUUUUAGUAUUAUAUAUCUUAACUUAGUUUUUUGUAAGGAUUGGCAGCCUUCCCAUUUCUGCCCACUUGUCAGUGAGUGAAAUAUCACUGACUCACUGAUAAGUUUAGAAAUAAAUGAAAAAAGGACUUGUUAGUGGACAAAUUCGCCAAAAGCCAAAAGAAGCACGUGCAAAACUAUUUUCGAUCCAAAUGUCCUAUUUUAUAGUUGAGAUAUUGUACAGCAACUCUCCAUUUUCAUUUUCAAUGGAAGAUGAGGCAGAAACAGAGCAUGACAUAACCAUAGACCCAGGACCAGUUCUAGGUAAAGGUGUGAUUGCCUAGAGCGCCAUCCAACUGUCUGGAGGGGCACCCCCCCUCCAUCCGUGGUCCACAAUCUCACCCAGGGUGGCACACAGGCUAGACCUGGGCCUGCAUGGGCUGUUGUGUUCUCUUUCACUCUUUACUUAAUCUAAUGGAAUUCUGGGACCAUAGUCACUGGACCAUACAUUGCUUUGUGGCAUUUGUAUGUACUGUGUAACUGUCUAUGUGGAUAUUGUACACUAUUAUUUAACACUCCAAGGCCUGAAGUGUCAUGUGAGCAAUGUCAGGCUGUAUUUGCUUAAUCAGUGCAUGUAGGAAAUGUAUCCCUUGCCAACUCAUGUAUUGAUGACAUGUGUACGAAAUGAUAUUGGUAUUCUUAGUCAAUAUAGCCCUGAUCCAAUUUUCCUCAAUGCCUAAAAAACAUGACAAAAAACAUGAACAUGAAAAAACAUGACAUAGAUUCCAAAUUUUUACAGUAAAAUCUUUCCUUCAUUAUAUAAAAUAUCUAUUUCCACUGAGUCAAGAAUGAAACAUUUGAACUUUUUCUGUGGAAACUUGGCCAGAAACAAGACUCUUCAUUUUUGUUCAAGCCAAAUUGUUAUAUCAAAUGGUUCUGUUUAAAAGCAUGUGUCCAAACUAACUGACAUUCAAUUUGUCUUUAAAGUUGGUUAAAUCAUGUAAGGAUAAGUCACAUUUGUUAUUAAUUUUAGUGAUUACUGUACUCCAGUACAUGUGUUGACAUAAAACAGCAGCUAUUAUUUAAUUUCAAACAUACGUCCAAAGGGCAAUCAGACUUAAUUUGGCCCAGAGUUUACUGAUAGAUUGUAAGGUCAUCCGUGAUUUGUGUCAACAACUCCCAAUGCUUAUCAGUUAGUGUAGUGUGUUUUGAAACGAGUCUUAGGAGGCCACAAAAACAUGCAGUGACCCAGUAAUUAGCAGUGAUCUCACUCAUUAUGAGCACAGGAACAAACUGACAGUGAGAUACAACUGUGAAGAUUUCCCCUGUGAAUUCACAUAUUUUGUUGCACAUUCCAUUGUUUUCACUCUAAACUGUAUAUGAUUUUUCAAAACAUUGAUUCACUGAAAUGUGUGUUUUAUAUGAGUAUGAUAGUGUGCAAAUGUGAGCGUGUGUGUAUGUGUGUGUAUGGCCUAUUGAAGUCCAAGUCCCAAUAUCUGCUGAAUUUUACAACUAAAACAUUUCUUUAGGUCACAGAUACUAAUGUUCUAUUGCCUAUCUGUAUUGAAAUGUAUUCAAUUGAGUUAAUUGACAUUCAUUGCAUCAGAUAUUUGUAGCGUCCUCUAAGCUGAAUGUCUAUGCAGAAGGAUUAGAGAUUUUCUUUUUCUUGUGCAACACUCUACUGAAACAUAUACUUUUAUAGACAUCACAAGGGCAUGGGUUCAAUAUUGUGUUUGUUUUUGUUGUUGUAUGUAUGUAUGUGUGUGUGUGUGUUAUACUGUAUGCAUAUGGACAAUGCUAAAAGUGCCACUGUUUUAAAAAUGUAUUAUUGUUCUGGAUGAGAAUGAUGUCUAUAUGGAAUGUUUUUAUUUGUCAUUUUUAUUAAUUUUUAAUUAAUUGUCAUUCUUAUUUUUCUGGUUUGGUUGGGGGUGGGAAGUUAAGGCACACAUGAGGUUACAUCUAUACUCUAUUUUAAACAAAUGGGAAAAUAUCCAAUCCAGUAGAAUCCAAUAAAACAGUAGAGGAUUCAGUCUGCAGCACAAAGAUCAUGAGCCUGUGUCGAAACAAAGAGCAGGAGACUAACCGCUCAAGUGUGUGCUGAGUCUAAUAUUUACCUUGCUGUGUUGGUUCUGGACUGCACAGGGGUGUCCUGGCCUGCUCACAUAUCAGACAGAUGGCGAUGUAGAAACAGUGGCUUCCUGUGACUUACAGUAUGUCCUAUGAAGAGAGGAGAGAAUAUUUACCAAGGCUCGUGUUCAGUCAUGUGCCUCUAUAUACAGACACAGUGCUCGUGUAAAGCAGUGGUAAAUCCCAAUACUAUUGGAAGGUGUGAAUAUUGUAGUACAGAGCUGUGAUGGUGCACUAGUGGCCAAGAUUCUACCCUGCUCCAGAGACUAUGUGCUGUAUGCACUCAGUAUAUGAAAAGAAGCAGUGAAGUGUGUCAGCUGUCUUUUAGAGAGCCUUCUUUUCAUUCAUAGUGGAGUGUUAGGACAAAAAUAAAGGAAGGUCAUUUCAAAGACAGUACCCAUUGUGCUGGAACUCUCCCAAGGAUAAAUCCAGUGCUUCUAAAAAUAAAUCCAGAAACAAAAGACAAACCUGUUCAAUUUGCUCAAAAUAGAGGCCUUGAAAAUCCUGUUUUGCACCAUUAAACAGCACAUAAAGCUUCAGCAUUAUGACUGAAUCUAUCCUCUCAAAGUGUACCAGAGCCGUACCGGUGAAAUAUGCUCCCUCUUGAUCUAUUUCCAGCAUUGUAAUUGUGUGCUUAACAACAUAUCCACUGGUAAAAUGCUCUACAUCUAAUUAUCAUUGCUUUUGUUGUUACCCAGUUUAACCCCCUAAUGUCCAUAAUGUGCUCACAUUAAAGUCACCACACAGGACAGAUGAGCUUAGAUGUUAGGAAUGCUGUUUUUAAAUGACAAUGAUAUAUAUUUGAUAAAAUGGUUGUGGGAAUAGGUCCUGGAGGGAAAGGGGUCAUGACUGGUUUAUGAUACUGUGAUGUAAACUAACCAUUCUUUUUUUUUUUUUGUAUGGUGAAAGUAAAUUUAAUAUGAAAUUUAAGUACAAUGCACUUUACAAAAAAAGGGACAUGCUAAAUUUUGCACUGUGUUGAAUGUAUUCCUUGCUGGAAAUAAUUUAUUUUUAUUACUGUAAAUAUACAGACAGUAACUCCAAGGAAAGAUAUUGUCAAAUAAAAUGAAAAUUAAAAAUAACUUGAAAACAA